AUGGUUUUGAAGUUUUUUGAGUGUGAGAAACCAAUCGCUAAGCAGAUAAGCGGAUAAGUUUUUAAGUAUGGAAUUUGGGAUCCCCACAAUGAAGUUACUCAGUUAACCCUCUUGACUGAAAGGCAUUCAUUCAUAUUUGAAAUGCUUAACUUCAAUUAUUUAUUGAUGAAUCUCUUUCGACAGAAAAAAAAAAUAAAAAAAAGCAUUACGAAACCCCCGCAUUCCAAAUAAUUCUGCUUAGAAGACUCUCAUGCUCAAAAGACCAUCAAGCUUAGAUUACUUGAUGAAACCAUUUUUCAAAUUCUCUCUCCUAAAUCCUAUAUUAAAUAUAUAAAAAGUAUUUUUUAAAAAAUAAUUAGAUUGACAUGCAAAUUAAUUUAGAAUAGCCACUAUAAAAAAUAAAAAUAAAUAAUAAAAUAAAUAAAUUAAUAAAUAAAUAAAUAAAUUAACACAUUAAAUAAAUAAAUAAAAAAUUAAGAAAAUAAAAAAAUUGAUAAUAAAUAAAAAAAUCAAAUAAUUAAAAUAAAAAAUAAUUAGAAAUAAAAGACAAAAUUCAUUUUAGAAAAAAACCAUAACAAACUACCUUUCACAUAUCAUGCAUCACGAUUUUUUUUAAAUUUUUGA